AUGAUUAACAUAAAAACUUGUCUCUUCUUUUUACUCUUCGUAUCUUUGGCAGCUAGUUUGGACAAAAGCUUCGAACAACGUAUUGCUGCACUUCGAAGUCUUCUAGAAACAAGAGAAGAUCAUUUGGAAGAAUCUUAUCAAGAACGUCGACACCAUCAAGGAGAAACUCAACAAAGUAGACAUGCAAUUAAAUCAAAUCGACGAAAUUUCUUGAAAGAUAUUGGGGAUGAAGCAGAUAACGAUGAAAAUGAACAGGAUUUAGAAGCACGUGCAUCAUCAAACUCACAAACAAAUACCACAGGAAUUGUUAUAACUCUUCAAAAUCAUGCUGCAAUGGAUACUCGUCUUCGUGUUCUCUAUACAGAUCCUCAAUGUCAACCAUAUCUAGUGCAAAGUGACACAUUACUGACUCAUCAAACAAAAUCAGUAACAUUACCAUCAAAUGCUCAAAACAUAAAAGUUACUGUUCAAAAAGAUAUGUUUGCUAACAAUUGGCGUGAUGCUCAUACUUUUUCAAUGAAUGGUACUAGACUAUGUGUACGCAUUGUUGGUGUUACAGUAUCUUCAAAACUUCAUCCAUGCCAAUAG